AGAAACAGUAAACAGCUUUUCCUUUUUACGACAUACCGGCAAGUUGUCACUCGAUUUCGCUGGUGACGUUCCAAAAACCAAGACGAAAAUGGAGUCUUUUCUGUCAAAAUCACUGAAAAUUGCAGCCGUUGUUUCGGCAUAUUGGUUUAUUUCUAUUUCUAUGGUUUUCUUGAAUAAGUACCUGUUGAGCAGCAAAGAUCUCAAGCUGGAUGCCCCACUGUUUGUAACCUGGUAUCAGUGCGUUGUAACCGUACUCUUCUGCUUCCUGCUCAGUUUUCUGUCCAAGGUCUUCCCUGGGUAUAUAUCCUUCCCAAGUAUGAGGGUUGAUCCAAAAUUAUGUAGAGAGACCCUGCCGCUGUCAGUGGUCUUCGUGUGCAUGAUCACCUUCAACAACCUGUGCCUGCAGAAUGUGGGCGUGGCCUUCUACAAUGUUGGCAGGUCCCUCACAACAGUGUUCAAUGUGGUGUUUUCCUACUUGAUGCUGAAGCAGUCUACCUCAGUGCCAGCCCUGGGUUGCUGUGGUGUGAUCAUCGCUGGUUUCUUCCUGGGUGUAGACCAGGAGGGAGCAUCUGGUGAUCUGUCAAUAAAGGGUGUGAUGUUUGGAGUGAUUGCCAGCGCCUGUGUUGCCCUUAAUGCAAUCUACACUAAGAAAAUAUUACCAAUAGUCGACAACAACAUCUGGCAGUUAACCCUGUACAAUAAUGUCAACGCGACCUUUCUUUUCAUGCCACUUAUGCUCAUAUUUGGCGAAGGAAGGGAAGUGUAUAAUUUCCCGUUGUUAUAUGACUUAAAGUUCUGGUUCUUCAUGACCCUAAGUGGUGUUUUCGGUUUCGCUAUCGGGACUGUCACAGGGCUUCAGAUUCAGUUCACGUCUCCGUUGACUCACAAUAUAUCAGGGACCGCCAAAGCUGCCGUCCAGACGGUGAUCGCGUGUUUGUACUUCAAUAACGUCAAGUCAAUGUUGUGGUGGCUGGGCAACGUUACUGUGCUGGGUGGCUCGGCUGCCUACACUGAGGUCAAACGUCGUGAGAUGAAGAAGGCACACACCCAUCAGUCUGAAUUGGCAAGUAAAUUGGAGUCAGGGGAUAAAGAAGCAAUGUUAAGUGGGGAUAGCAAACCUUGAUAUGAGAAAGUUUGACAGGUUUGAUUGAAUUGAAGAUCUAUUGUUGAUAUAGAUUUAAUUGGGGGCCUUAUUUUUUAAAGUUAAGUUUGUGGGAAAUUUGUAUUGCGGUAUUCAUGUGAUAUAUUUGUUACUAUGCAGACAAAAUUUAUGUGAAGAGUUAUUUUUGUAUGUAUUUAUAUUUGUUUACUAAUAUUACUGUGGAACAUUUUAACAGAAAGAUAUAUUGCCUAAAAAUAUCUAUUUGCUUUUGCUCUGCUUAUAUUGUAGACUCCAUGUAUCAUAUUAAUCAACUAAGCAAACGCUGUAAUUUGGAGGCUGUUAGAUUACAUGUAUCAUUCUAAUCACACAGGGUUUACAUGGCCUGUUGCGUAAUUAGCAAAUUACUACAACUUUACCUAUUUUGAUACAGAAACUUAUAUUUGUCUCAAUGUUUUCUUUAGAAAAUAUAUAAAUAUGCUAAAUUGAGAUGAAUGUUGUUAUGGCAAAUUUUGAUCCUGACGAAACCCUGUCACACAAACGGUGCCUUGCCUGGGAAAUUGUUGCUUAAUGCAUGUGCGUAAAGUGUCAGCCUAGAUAAGCCUGUGUGGUCUGCUGGAAUUUUGUUUAGAAAUGACAUCAUUUAAACGAAAAAUUACAUGAAAGUGGAAAAUGUAACUGCACUGGCUAAUAUUGGAUUAAAUUCUACACACAUGCAUUAAGCCCAGUUUCCAGAAUAAUGCUCAAUGCAUUACCAGCACUUGCUGUUUGCCACGCUGUGCAUGUUGAUUAUAGUUCAACUUGUUUGGGAUGUAACAGUCUCCUCAAUUACUAACACAAAACUUUACGACUGGCAACUCAUGCUUUUUGGCUUAAGAUUAACCAGGUGUCAACUUUUGUAUGGAUCUUAAAAUAUGCUGGAAUUGAAUUUCUUUGCUUGGAAACUUUAGAUGUUUGAGUAGCAUUGAAUUCUCUCCAGUAGUUGAAUGUGUUUUCUAUUUGUGCCAUAUAAAAUUGUUGUUUCUUUCAUGCGAUUUGGUCCUAAUACUUCUUAAUAAUAUUUACCAUAACCUAUAUAAUCCGUAAUGUAUAGGUCACUUUUGCAUAUUCAGUUUGAGUUUUUUUGUUGGAACAUAUCAAACAAGUCAAAUGGUGUCAUUUUGCAUUUUGAACAUCACAUCUUCAUUAAAUCGGUCCAUUAGUUUGUCUCUCAGUCCUUCCAUGUAAAGUUAUGCAAAAGAGCAUGUUUCAUAUGUCACCAAUUAUGCGACCUACUUUUAGACUUAUUCAAAUGGACCAAUGAAUGAAUCAUACUGACAAAGCUUUCACUGUUUAUUGAAUGCAGCAUAUUGUGAGAUACUGGUAUAAGUAGAUGUUUAAUGUACAUGCAGGGAUUGAUUUUCAAAAAUGCUGAUGUUGGAUUGAGCAUGAAAAAUAAACUGUGUGCUACUCACUUUCAUAUAAUGGUAAUGUGACAGAUAUCAAGCAAUAUAAAGACUAUUCUUUUAGUUCAUACCCUAAUAAGUAUAGUCACAUUCUGAUGCUGUGUGUUUAAUAUGUUUAUACAACAUUUAAUUAUCUUUCUUGUUACACAGGUUAAAGAGAAACCAUGAUGGAAAUUUCUUCAAAAUUAUCAUCAGAGUCAGCGCAUUAAGUCGCCAUUAGCCUGUGAUAUUUGGUCUGUGGCAAGCCAUGCCAUCUACCUGUCAUUCUCUCUUCUUUGUGACAGGCAUAAAAACCUGAUUAUUUGAGCCUCGCUCUGGGAAAACAUGGCUCAAUGCAUCUGCGUUUAGUGUCAGCAAAGACUAGCCUGUGCAGUCUCAAUAUUUGAACUUAGCUACCAUCACAGGUGUUUCAUUGAGACCUGGGAGGCAUGUUCCUUGUUAUUUUGACACCAAUAAUAUAGCCCCACUCUAGGAAAACCAGGCUUAACACAUGUGCAUCAAGUAUUUCCCAGGCUUAUCAGUAGCGACACCUCUGGUAAAAAGUCUUUUCUAAAUGUAAAUCCAGGCGGAAAAUGUUGUCCAAGAUUGACAAGUGCAAAAUGCACAGGCUUAUCUGGGAAUAUACUUUACAACCAUGCAUUAAGCCUGGUUUUCAACACCCGUGCACUACUUUUUGGAGCUUAAGUAGAAAUUAAAAUUGCAUUUUCACUCCUACCGUAUGCAAUCAUACUCAAUACUUGCAAACUUAAUGAAACACCUGCAUUAGUUUUGCUUGGAUUAAGAAUGGUACACAUAACACAAUUAUGCUUUUAAGAUAUUUAAAAUGUAAACUUAGAAUGACUUAUCACUUUUUAAAUUUAUUCGAAUGUAUAAUAACAUUUCUACAAAUGUUCAAAUAUCACCAGGUGAAGAUAAUCUCAUUUUUUUAAUAUUCAUGUAAUAUAUAUUAGCCUGGCAUUGAAAAAAACAGGCUCAAUGCGUGUGCCUGAAGUGUCGUCCCAGAUAAGCCUGUGCAGUCCGCAACAACAGACUUCCUUCAAACAAAAAAUACAUUACAAGCAGAAGACAUUGUCCCUGACAAAUCUGUGCGGACACAGUCUUAACUGGAAGGAUACAUGUACUUCAUGCACAUGCAGUAAGCCCCAUUUUUCCCAGAGAUCACCUCAUUUAUUCAAAGUUAAAUGUACCAGCAUUUCAUUUUGGCCUUUUUGUGUAUAUUAAGUACACCAGUACUUUGGUAUUAUUCAUGACUUGACUCAGGUUGAGUGUUGUGAAGUGAUAAUCUUAAAAAACCAAUAUUAAAUGGAUUUAUUAAAAGUCGAAAGUGUUUUGAGAAACUUAGGUCAUUAUGGAAGAUUUGUUUUUAAAUCAUUUUUUGUUGGUCUGUAAAAAUGUGUGUGUCUGCGGAGGGUCAUGUCAUGUAAGGUUUUUUUUUCAGACAUUUACCUAAGCAUUUGUUAUUUUGAUAGUUUAAAAGGCUGAUCAGUAACAGUUGUCAUAUAUAUUUAACAAUUCAAAAAGUGAAUUUUGGUUACCCCAGUAUAGUGGGAAGUGCUUUUGGUGCUUAGUGUAAAUAGCUAUGUCUCUAGAAAAUGAGUCACAUCAUUAGAAAAUGGGUCUUAAGCAAAAAAAGCUGCCAGCGUAGCUCCAGACCAGCCUACGCAGUCGAGUAAGGAGAUACCUGGUCCUUUUAUGAGACUACAAAACCUUGGCGGACUAUACAGAGUAGCUCUUGACCCGACUGUUCAUGGUGGUCUGGAGCAACACUUGCUGGAUAUGGUGUUAGACCUAUUUUCCUAUGACACAGCUCUAAUAUAGCCAGACAUUUAUGGUUCAGCAUUUUCAUAUAUAAUGGAAUUUGCCAUCUAGCUUAUAGAUGAUUUGACGUAUUUUUCUAAAUCUAUUUUAAUUGAUACCAUCCAAUCAUUUCUUAAAAUUUUGUUGUUAUUUGAUUUAUCAAACAUUGAAUAUAAGCCCAUCACUUGCAAAAGUAAGCUAAAUGCAUGUAAAGUAUCAUCCCAGAUAAUCCUGUUUAGUCUGCACAGGCCAAGCAGGGCAACACUUUCCACUUAUUUUGGAUUUUUGUGUUGAAGAAACUUCAUGUUCACAAAAAUUAAUAAGAGUGGUUAGUGUCGACCCUGAUUUGCUUGUGCAAACUGCACAGGCUUUUCUGGGACCACACUUACAAACAUACAUUAAGUCAACUAUUCCCAAAGACCAGCUCAUUCGAUGCUUUAGGGUUUUGGUUGUAACACAUGUUUCAGAAGGCUGCAUUAAAUGCAGCCAUUGUAUUCAUUAUUUAAUAUAAUUUGUUAUUUUAUAAGUUUUGAUAGCGUUAGUACAUUUAUAAUAUCGAUUUAAUAGCAAUUGGUAGAUAAAUUUGGCAAGUAAUAAUGUAUAGCUUAGCUUGCAAAUUAGCAAGAACAUUAGAAAACAUUUUUAAAAUUGACAAUUAGACUGAUACUCAAUUCUGACAAUCAUGGUAUGUGUUAAAAUACACUAGCAUUGGGUUUUUGUUGUGUACUGAGAACGAUUUGUAUUUUAAUAGUGAUAAAUGCUUGAAAUGAAACAGAAAUGAAAUCUUAUUUCCUCUGAAAGAAUCUCACAAUGUUAACCUUUUUAGAAUAAAUACAAUUCAGUUUUGUUUAUUUUUAUCCCCCCCCCCCCCACAUAUUGUGAGGCAUUAAUAAUUGCACUUGACAGUCCAGUCUGUCCAUGCAUCCAUACCUAUGUGUUGAAGCUUGUCUUUUCAACUUUUCUUUAACUCCCAAGUGGAUUCGCUCGCUCGUUUGACAGUUACAAUGACCUUCAUGUGUAGAGGGUCUAAAAAACUGAAAUUUUGGCUGUGACAAUUUUUGACAGAAUGUUUACCCUCGGUCUGUUUUUCACAUUCUAAAGCUUUUAUUUUGAACUCAUCUCUCAAAAAUUAACAGUUGAAUUACCUUAAUUUAUAGGUAAAUGUUUAAAAAGAAAUUGAGGCUCCAGCGUGUUUUGACUGGAUUUAGGCCCUUUUUCUGUUCUUCCACUAUAGAAUAUAUAGUCCCAAAAUUGUGUUAUUGUUUUUGUAUCUCACUAAAAAAUUUAACUUGAAAGACCUUAUAUAUAUGAUUGUAAAAACGGAAUGUUAAAUGUGACAAGUUUGAAGUAAAUUAUGGCUUUUCCUAUUUCUACAGGAUAAAAUAUAGUGAAUGAGUCUAUGUCAAAACAUGUCGUUCGGGGGAUCAGUUUAUAUGACUCAUUGUUAAUUUAUUUUCAUUUUGUGCAAUUUAUGUUAAUCAUUUGCAUACAAUAAGAGUUAAACAAAAGUUGGUUGAUCUCUUUUAGAAAAUCACAAUCACAUUUCUAUUAGUAAAAAAAUGUUUUAAUGCAUUCUCUGUUCGUUUAUAUAUGUUCAUCUUUUACUUAUGUAUGCCUUUGUUAUUGGGAAAGAUCUAGAACAAUGCCCUAUAGCUUGAAUUUGUGCACAUCGUAAGCUGUUAUUUACAGCUUUAUUAACAACUCAAAAUUACAAGUAUUUCUUACUCUUAAUUUUCAAAACUAAUACAAACAGUUAAGUGUGGAAUUGUUGUUUCUGCUUAAUGUAUAAUGUAUGCAUUGAUUAGGUACAAGUGUUUCCUGUUCAAACCUCAAUACAUGCUUUAGACAUUUCAAGAGAUGAACAUUUCUGCUUUGAAGAGCCGAGAGAGACUAAAACGAACAAAAAAGGAGCAGGGCCUGUAAUCAUUAUAUUCCUUUAAGUUUCAGUAAAAGUCUUGAAUGCAUGAGAUUCCAUAAGUCAGAAGUAGUUUACUUGUUCCUUGUUAAAAUUAAAGUACUUAACAUGCUUCAUUUGGACAGUUCUUGAUAUUUUGCACUGGAUCUUUCCCGGCUAUCAUACUAGUGUUCUUUUUUCAAAUAUAUAUUUAUGAAAUCCAAAAUUAUAGUAAUACAGAUGUAUUUAUGUUCUAGCUUGGUAAUACAGCGCAAAUUAACAAUCAAUUAUAAAGUAUUUAUAUACAACGAAUAUAUUUCCUGUAUCAUAUUUUUACACAAUUUCUAUAUUUUGUUUUGUAUUGGUUAUAUUGGUUUAAAAAAAAUGUGAUUAUACAUGUUUGUUGUUGUUUGCAUCAAUAUUCAUUAUAAAGUUGAAUAUGUAAGCUACUGUUAUUGUCUUUUGUUUGAGAUGAAAUCCAUCUGCUACAUGUACUUAUGGUACUUCUAAGAUUUAUCAACAAGAAAUGUUGGAUUUUUGUAUAUUGUUUGAUAUAAAAGAAAAAUUACAAAUAUGUUUGUUUAACUUUUAAAAACAAAACAAGUUACCACACAUAUUAAGAUAGCCCGCUUUGUUAUUUAAUUAUUAUACAAAAAAACAUGCUUAUGUUUGUAAAAUAUAUGUUAAAUUUCAAGUUAUUAUGCUUUCUACUUGUGACAAUAAAUAUAUAUUGACUAUAAAAGAACAUAUACAAUUAAAACAAUUUUUUCACUUAAAAAGUCAAUUAUGUUCAGGACCUUCAUUGUGUAUUUAAACCAUUUGAAUUUAAUAAUAUAUUCUUAUGCCCCCGAAGGUGGGCACAUAGUGAUCGGAUAGUCCGUCUGUCUGUCUGUUUGUCCGUCACACUUUGCGUUUAUGUUUCGAAAAAUGCUCAUAACUUCUAUGUCGCUUCAGAUAGCAACUUGAUAUUCGGCAUGAAUGUGUAUCUCAUGGAGCUGCACAUUUUGAGUGGUGAAAGGUCAAGGUCAGGGACAUCCUUCAAGGUCAAAGGUCAAAAAACAAAUCCAAGGGAAGUAAAAAGCUUUUAAGGGAGAUAAUUAUCUGUACCUGCCAAAUGAAAAAAAAAUUCAAAGCGACGCAGUAGGUGGCAUAGUGUUUCUGACAAACACAUCUCUUUUUUAAUUUAAACCAUUAUUAAUCAACACAUGGAUUCUGUUACUUUAAUACGCCCGUUUUAAAGAAAGGGACGUAUCAUAGUUUCACCUUGGCGCCGGGCGGGCGGGCAUUGUCUACAGCAGUUUCCGCUCUCUAAUUCAAAUAGUUUUCAUUCGAUCUUCACCAAACUUGGUCAGAAGUUUUAUCUAGACAAUAUCUAGGUUAUGCCGGGUCAAAAACUAGGUCACAGGGUCACUUAUUGCAUUUCAAGAAUUUAGCAUGGUUUCCGGUCUCUAUUUGAAGUAGUUUUUAUCGGAUCUUCACCAAACUUGGUCAGAAGUUGUAUCUGGACAAUAUAUGGGUCAUGCCGGGUCAAAAACUAGGUCACAGGGUCACUUAGUGAAUUUCAAGCAUUUAACAUGGUGUCCGCUCUGUAAUAGAAGUAGUUUUCAUCUGAUAAUCACCAUACUUGGUCAGAAGUUUAUCUAGACAAUAUCUAGGCCAAGUUCGAAUAUGGAUCAUGCAGGGUCAAAAGCUAGGUCACCAGGUCACUUAGUGCGUUUCAAGCAUUUAGCAUGGUGUCCGCUCUCUAACUGAAGUAGUUUUCAUCCAAUCUUCACCAAAUUUGGUCAGAAGUUGUGUCUAGACAAUACCUAGGUCAAGUUCAAAUAUGGGUCAUGCUGGGUCAAAAAAUAGAUCACGAGGUCACUUAGUGCAUUUCAGCCAUUUAGCAUGGUGUCCGCUCUCUAAUCGAAGUAGUUUUCAUUUGAUAUUCACCAAAUUUGGUCAGAAGUUGUGUCUAGAUGAUAUGUAGGUCAAGUUCAAAUAUAGGUCAUGGUAAAGUUAUCAAGUUGUCCAAAAUCUUCAAACGGGCGUAUCUUGUGACAGUUUGGCACUCUUGUUUAGUUAUUAAACUAACAAUUAGUAUUAGUUUACUUUGUUGAUAUGACAUGUUGUUUACAAAACUAGGUCAAACAAUUUCAUCCAAUUAAUUUAUACCAGCAAGCAGAUUGUGUUGUAUUUCAAUGACUUAAAAUCUGCCUUUAUGUCACACCAUAUCGGGCUACAUGUUUUCAUGUUUUAGUGUGGGUUGUUAUAUAUGUAUAUUUUAAGGACAAAAAUAAAAUAUUUUACUAAAGGGAAA